AUGAUCCUCCAAUCGGUCCCGAGUGAAGAUUACGACGAGGAGGAAAACGGGCUUGUGUCCAACAGCCCUCGUCCGCCCGCCACAAGGAAGCUCCCGCUAAAAGCGCGGCGGAUAACAGCUGCGGAUCACCGAAUAUCGGAGGAGGACGAGGCCAGUUGGAAGCUGGUGGCUCUUGGCAUUUGUUGCUUCCUGGGAGUGGUCGCAGUGGGCGCAUCGCUUGCCGUGUUGUCCCGGGUGGGGCAAGAUGCCGGGGGAACCUUGCAGGGAACCCUUGGCAAUGGAGCCACGGGAGUGAAGCCGGUGCUGGCCAUCUUUGGCUUCACGAUACUUGGGGAGGAAAGUGCAGAACAAGCGCUGCCUACGAACAACGCCGUGGCCUGGGUGGCCGCCAGCCUCCUCAAGGACCACGGCCAUCUGCUGCUGUCCCCGUACGCAAAAGGAGAAGCCGCUUUCGCCACCCCCGAGGGGAGUGUUGUGAAGGGUUCCUACAUACCGGACGGUGAAUUGGUGCAGAGUUGGCGCCCCGCUGGUGCUGGCCGCCUCCUGAGAGCAAAGGCCUCCCGUGCGAGCGCACUGAGAGCUGUGGUGGUGGGGCCCAUCUCGGAAAUCCUCCAGGACUUUGUACCGAAGCUCUUUAGUUGCUUGGCAGAACGUCAGGCAGUGAUCUUGGGGAAUAUCCUCGAAUGGUAUGACUGGACGGUCUUCGGAUACAUGCAGGACAUCCUCAAAGAAGUCUUUGCCGACGGCAGCGCAGAUCAGGCUUGGCUCCUCUUUGCUGUGCCCUUCUUGGCGCGACCCUUCGGCAGCCUCGUCUUCGGCUGGAUUGGAGACACCUGCGGCCGCGCCUUGUCGCUGCAACUGGCGAUCUGGGGCAUGGCGGUGGCGACGGCACUGCAGGGUUGCUUAUUGCCCUCCCUUCCAGGAGUCACCUGGAUGUUGGCUGCUUUGCGGCUAAUUACUGGCCUGUCCGCCGGCGGUGAGUCUGCCGGGGUGAACACCUACAUGUCGGAGUUCGGAGAAGAGGGGAAGGAGCACACGCUUGCAGCCGCCAUCGGUGUCAACAAUGUGAGUGGCUCGAUGGCUUUCUUCCUGGCCAACGCCGUCUCCCUGGCGGUGCAUCAGCUGCCUCGUGAGACUCAGAUCGCCUGGGGCUGGCGCCUUCCGUUUCUGCUGGCGGCGCCUUUGGGCCUCGUCUCCGUACUUCUGCGUCGCGGCAUGACGGAGACUGCCGAGUUCAGAAAGAAGUGUGAUGCGGAGCAAAAUCCAGCAUCCUGCGUCGUGCCGGAUGUACAGGAGAGCUCCGAGGAGAGUCGCUCGGAGAGCUCCGAGGACACUGAAGCUCAGAAGCUGCAAAGGACAUCCAGGCCUCUAUCCUUGCGUGCCUUCGCCGCCCGCGCCGUGCUGGCGGCCGUGGUUUUAGCAGCUGUCACGAGCUGCAACUACCUUCCUAUCUACUUGGUAUCCUGGUUGGAAGAUGCCGGGCUCCGUCCCUCCAUGGCCCUGAGCAUCGCGGCUGCGGCCAAGGUGACGCAAGUCUUGAGCACCUUUCCGGUUUCCUUCGCCGCAGAUCGUGUUGGGGCUGUAUCAGUUAUGCUCUGCGGUGGUGCGGCCACCGGCAUUGCAGCAGUGCCCUUUCUGCUGUUUGUCGGCGAGACGUCUGCGUGGCAUGGUACGGCCUUUGUCGUGCUGGGCCUGUUGCUACCAACUAUGCUGCAAGCUUUCACUGCGUGGAAAUCCUCAGACAUGCUUGCCAUGCUUCGUGCGGUGCUGGCAUAUCUCCUGGGACCUGGGGCGGUCGCCACUCCACUGGCCACCUACAAAGUUGAGGCUCGCUUCCCCCACCGCGUCGAUUGUUUCACAGAGGGCCUGGUGCUAAACGGCAGCGAGGUCUUGGAGUCAUGCGGCCUGACCGGCAAAUCCGUCCUGAGGCGCUAUGACCUUUCGAGUGGCCAGACCAAGAAGGAGGUUCGCUUGGAUGCGAAGUACUUUGGCGAGGGCACCGUCGAGCUUGGCACGUCGCUGUUCGUACUGACCUACCAGCACAAAGUCAUGCUUGAGUACGACCGAGAGACACUCACGGUCACAAGAGUCCAUCCUUUUCCCUACGGUGAGGGCUGGGGCCUCACCACUGACGGCUGCGAUCUGCUUGCGACUACAGGUGCCCCGUACUUGUAUCGGCUGCGACGUGCUGAAGAUGGUGAGUUCAAGCUUGUCAACAAGGUGUUGGUCAAACAGGAAGGGAAAAGCCUCAGGAUGCUCAACGAGGUCGAGUACAUUACGCCAAAGCUCUGGGUGAACGAGUGGAUCACCAACCGAAUCUGGCGGGUUGAUCCAGUCACCGGCGACUGUGAGAGAUACAUUGACAUCAAAACACUUCAUCCAUGGCGCGGCCAGGCGACACCAAACGGUAUCGCGUAUUCUCCAGCCUUUGGAAAGGAGCUUCUGCUGGUCACCGGGAAGCUGUGGCCCAACAUGUUCUCUUUGCGCAUGAGCGCUUCAGACCUCUGCGGUGGUGUCCUUUCGUCAAAACCGGAAUGCGUGCAAGCCCCCCCAUCGGUGUGCCACGAUGCCCAGGCGGUGGCCAACCCGGCACCUAGGCCAACCGUCGCGGCAACGACUUCGACCGCGAAGCCUACAGUGCCUGUGCUUUCACUUACCAGCCUCGCCCCCACUCCUACUGGCGUUCCGGAAGAGGGCUCUGCCCCAAAGGUAGGCCUCUUCAGCAUGCCACCUGCCACCGUGUCCGGCCUUCCUUUCGGUUUCAGUACGGCAUUGAGCCUUCUCGGGAUGUGCAUAUUUGUAGUUGCCUUCGCUUCCAGUUUGCUGCUUCGCUACAUGCGCCGGCGUCAGCGAGAAACGCUGCAUCGCCAGGUGGAGUCUGAAUCCGAUGGAGGUUGA